CAAAGUAAAUGUCCCUUAAAGUCUCAGAGUCAUUUUCGCAAUUUUGAAUUUGAAACCUUCUUUCAUUAUAGUUCUAAAUUCGACUUGAUUUUGUCCUUUUUAAAGUAUCGGAACUUAGAAGGUUAAAGUGCUUACAUACAUUUACACACAAUGUGUAAGAAAAAAAUUAACCUGGAUCGGAUACUAGUGGAAGAAGUGGGGUGGGGAAAGUUUCAGAUCAAAGUGUUGGUGCUGUGUACUCUUGUGUCAACGAUGGCUGGACUACAGACAUAUUCCUACUUGUUCACACUAACAAGGUCCAGGACUAGAUGCUUGAUUCCCGAAUGUGAGGAUAUCCUGGCCCCAGACGUGUUUUCUCCUACAUGGAUCCUGGAAGCGGUGCCAAGAUCUGGCGACUCCUUCGAUAAUUGCCAUCGUUUUUCAACAAUAAACAUGUCACAAUAUUCUGUAUCGUGCUCGGAAACCUGGUUUGACAAGAAAUCGUUGGUUCAAUGCCAGGAGUAUGUUUAUGAGCAUAAAAACUCUGCUUAUUUUGAGUUCAAUCUAGCCUGCGAUGAUUUUCGGCCAUAUCUAGUCGGGUCAGCCAGAAUUUUGGGCAUGAUGAUCUCCUUACCUAUAAAAGGGUUUGUGGCUGACCGUUGGGGUCGGCGACUGGCACUUGCUCUGACUGCCUUCAACUUGGCCUGGACUGGAACAUUAACAUGUGUUGCGGGCUCUUAUACCAGCUACACCAUGUUAUCUUUUAUAGAAUAUCUUCUAGGAUCGUGUUCUUUUUCAUGUGCUUAUAUUUUAGAAUCUAUUCGCUGGUUGGUGAGCAAAGGACGCUAUGAUGAAACAUUGGCAAUUUUAAAAAAAGCAUCUGAAAUGAACGGGACUUCUAUAUCAGAAAAUACUUUGAAAGCAUUUUUGGAGACAAAAAAAGACAUUCUUGAAAAGAAAGAAAAACAUUCUUUAGAACCUUGGCUGGUGUGUCUAGUCUUCAAACAUAAGCCGAUAUUACUGCGUUGUUUAGUAACGCCAAUGUGGUGGAUUACAGCUACUUUAAUGUACUUUGGCCUAACGAUUUCUGCUGUGGGGAUAUCCGGAAACAAAUAUCUGAAUUUUAUAGCAUCGGUUGGUAUCGAGAUUCCAGGUUACUGGCUGUCUGUGUUGCUAAUGGAUAGAAUUGGCAGAAGAGCUUUAGUAAUGACAGGAUUUUGGAUAAGUGGAGCUUGUCAAAUAGCGUUCAUAUUUACAUCCGGUAGAUAUUACUUGCUGUCCUUAUCAGUUUACUUGAUCGGCAAGAUGUGUAUCUCGUGCGUCAUGACUUCACUCUACGUGUACACCGCCGAGAUGUAUCCAACGCGGUAUCGGGUCAGCUUUCUUGCUUACUCCUCCCUGAUGGGAAAAUUUGGAAGCAUCGUGGCGCCGCUGAUGCCUGGUUUAGGUGCCCAAACGUGGGAGCAUCUCCCAUUCCUGAUAUUUGGCGUUAUGGCGCUGGUCUCCGGGCUAUUGGUGCUCCUGGCGCCGGAGACCCUGGGCGCCACUCUGCCCGACACCAUGGAACAGGCAUCCCAGCUUGGGAAGGAUUCGACUGUCCUACGGGGCUUGAGGACUCUUGUAUUUAGGAGUAAAGCAUAUUCGAUUAGUUGAGGCAGCGUUUCUAGCGUUUCUAUUUCUUCCAAUAACCUUCCAUGAGUG